AUGGUGAUAGAAAUUAACUAUUUGUAUUUUUUUUUUUUUUGGCCAGGCAGACAUCACACCCUUCGAUGCAUGGGGAACAUGGGAAUCUGUAGACCCUCUUGCAGAAAGUCUGAACAACCCUACCUCUACUGCUUCAAUUAUCAGUCAUGCUGCCUGCAGUCCUACAUGAAGAUAAGCAUUUCCGGCAAAGAGGUGAAAAAUGACUGGAGCCAACAGAAUCGUUGGCCAAAAGUACCUUGAUUGCUGGCGAUCAACAUCUUCAACCUGCUGUCAAGACCCUUUAUUAAAAGCCAUGCAUCUGCCA